ACGUGAAGUCGCCGCAGUGUCUGAUGGGCCUGUUCCGCCGCCAGGCACUGUUGCCGCUGGAGGACCACUCGUUACUGCUGCCGGCGUCUCUGCCGGCGUCUCUGCCGCCUCAUGGCGGCCAUCGGGGUUCACCUGGGCUGCACAUCAGCCUGUGUGGCCGUCUAUAAGGAUGGCCGGGCUGAUGUGGUUGCAAAUGAUGCAGGAGACAGAGUUACUCCAGCUGUGGUUGCUUACUCAGAAAAUGAAGAGGUUGUUGGAUUGGCAGCAAAACAAAGUAGAAUAAGAAAUAUUUCAAAUACAGUAAUGAAAGUAAAGCAGAUCCUUGGCAGAAGCUCUGAGGAUCCACAGGCUCAGAAAUACAUCAUGGAAAGUAAAUGUUUAGUCAUUGAAAAAAAUGGGAAAUUGCGAUACGAAAUAGAUACUGGAGGAGAAACAAAAUUUGUCAACCCAGAAGAUGUUGCCAGACUGAUAUUUAGUAAAAUGAAAGAAACGGCACAUUCUGUCUUGGGCUCAGAUGCCAAUGAUGUAGUUAUUACUGUUCCAUUUGAUUUUGGAGAAAAGCAAAAAAGUGCUCUUGGGGAAGCAGCCAGAGCUGCUGGGUUUAAUGUUUUGCGGUUAAUCCAUGAACCAUCUGCUGCUCUUUUGGCUUAUGGAAUUGGACAAGACUCCCCCACUGGAAAAAGCAAUAUUUUGGUAUUCAAACUUGGAGGAACAUCCUUAUCUAUCAGUGUCAUGGAAGUUAACAGUGGAAUAUAUCGUGUUCUUUCAACAAACACUGAUAACAUUGGAGGUACACAUUUCACAGAAACCUUAGCACAGUACCUAGCUUCUGAGUUUCAGAGAUGCUUCAAACAUGACGUGAGAGGAAAUGCGCGUGCCAUGAUGAAACUGAUGAACAGUGCUGACACUGCAAAGCAUUCUUUGUCAACCUUGGGAAGUGCCAAUUGUUUCCUUGACUCACUGUAUGAAGGUCAGGAUUUUGACUGCAAUGUGUCCAGAGCAAGAUUUGAACUUCUCUGUUCUCCACUUUUUAAUAAAUGUAUAGAAGCAAUCAGAAAACUCUUAGAACAAGGUGGAUUUACAGCAGAUGAUAUCAACAAGGUUGUCCUUUGUGGCGGAUCUUCUCGAAUCCCAAGGCUGCAGCAAAUGAUUAAAGAUCUUUUCCCAGCCGUUGAGCUUCUAAAUUCUAUUCCUCCUGAUGAAGUUAUCCCUAUUGGUGCCGCUACAGAAGCAGGAAUCCUUAUUGGGAAAGAAAACCCUUUAGUGGAAGACUCUCUUAAGAUAGAAUGUUCAACCAAAGAUAUUUUAGUUAAGGGAGUUGACGAAUCAGGAGCCAACAGUUUCAAAGUACUGUUUCCAUCAGGGACUCCUUUGCCAGCCCGAAGACAGCAUACAUUACAGGCCCCUGGAAGUAUAUCUUCAGUGUGUCUUGAACUCUAUGAGUCUGAGGGGAAGAACUCCACAAAAGAGGAAAAUAAGUUUGCACAGGUUGUGCUCCAGGAUUUAGAUAAAAAAGAAAAUGGAUUACGUGACAUAUUAGCUGUUCUUACUAUGAAAAGGGAUGGAUCUUUACACGUGACGUGCACAGAUCAAGAGACUGGAAAAUGUGAGGCAAUCACUAUUGAAGUGGCAUCUUAGUGCUUUAGAGAAACCACACAUUUUUUAGAACCAGAAUAUCAACUUUAUUUGGUUUUGUUUGUAAGUGAGGUUUAUAUUAAAAUACUUUUUGAAUGAA